AUGGCGGACUCGGCCUCACAGGUGCUGCUGGGCUCGGGGCUGACGGUGCUGUCGCAGCCGCUCAUGUACGUGAAGGUGCUGGUGCAGGUUGGCUACGAGCCGCUGCCCCCCACGCUGGGCCGCAACAUCUUCGGCCGCCAGGUCUACCAGCUGCCCGGCCUCUUCGCCUACGCCAAGCACAUCGUGAAGGUCGACGGGAGAGCAGGACUCUUCAAAGGCCUCACCCCCCGGCUCUGCUCCAGCGCCAUCGGCACCGUGGUGCACAGCAAAGUGCUGCAGCGGUACCAGGACGCCGAGCAGGCUGAGCCAGGAGCCAGCAAGAAGGAGCAUGUGUCCUCGCUGGAGCAAGUCCUCAAGGAGACCUCCCGAGAGAUGGUUGCUCGCUCCGCCGCGACCCUCAUCACCCACCCAUUCCACGUGAUCACCCUGCGAUGCAUGGUGCAGUUCAUCGGCAGGGAGACCAAGUACAGUGGGACACUAAGCGCCUUCGCCACGAUUUACCGAGAAGAAGGCAUCCUGGGAUUCUUCGCCGGCCUCAUCCCCCGGCUCCUCGGAGACAUCCUGUCGCUCUGGCUCUGCAACAUGCUGGCCUACCUCAUCAACACGUACGCGCUGGAGAACGGGGUCUCCAUGGCGGAGAUGAAGAGCUACUCGCAGGCAGUCACCUGGAGUAAGUACAGCCCCUGCCUGGGUUUCUUCGCCAGCAUGCUGACGUACCCCUUCGUGCUGGUCUCCAACCUGAUGGCCGUCAAUAACUGCGGGCUGGCCGGAGGCCUCCUUCCCUACGCGCCCUCCUACUCCUCCUGGCUGGACUGCUGGAGCCAGCUGCACAAGGAGGGCAACAUGAGCCGAGGGAACAGCCUGUUUUUCCGCAAGGUGCCCGCAGGGAAGCGAUACGUGUGGGAGGAGAGGAGGUUCCGCUGAAGAAGCUGCGAGCGGAAUCGCGAAGCUGAGGCCGAGCUCCGGAGACAAAGAAUUAUGCGAGAGUUGUGAUUUCUAUACCGUUUUUUUAAAAAUCAUUUCAUCCUGAGAGACAAAAGGUGGCCGUGUGAGAGUGUCUGUCGUGGGGCCUGGGGGCUUCCUGCAGGAGAACCUGCGCUGCCCCAGCCCAUCCCAGCUGAUCCCAGCCAAUCCCCAGCACCCUUUCCCUGACGCAGCCACCGGAGCCGUGUCCCCGCUUUGUUUCAGCAGCGGAAAUUCCACCCCAAGAUAAUGGCACCCGGAAACAUGA